CAACACUGUUGCCGUGAGUAGUCUCUUUCUCCUUUAAUGACGUUAAAGAUAUUUUGGUGGGCUUGGCUCUAGGUAGCUUGCAUUAUUGAACUAUAAAUGGUCAAUUCCUUAGCAAUAAUUAGGCACAAAUGUGUCUUUCUUUAGUAAUAUCCUUUACCUGACAAUUUAGAGUUGACUUCUUAAACGUUGGGUUGGAAAUAAUGUUGUCUUUACACAGGCUGUUCUAAGCUGACAGUGAUGGCUCAACUUGCAUCAACGUAAAGCUUUGAGUUUUGUUUACUUUCUUAAUGUUUCUUGUUUGAAGCUGCUGCGCAUGGAGAAUAAAAUAUCGUGGACCCGUCAUUGCUGUAUUAUUACUUACACUGUAUAUAUGUUUCAGAACUUCAGGCCAUUGUUGACAAAAAUAGUGAAAGAUUUUUCUGCUUGAUUUUGAGACAUGGCUAGUUCAGUUACAGGCGAUGCGGAAACAGUGAUAUCAGCAGAUUCAAGCACCAAACGCAGCGGUGGAGGUUGGAUCACUUUUCCGUUUAUGAUAGUUACGUUGUUAGGCUUGACAAUAGCUGCGUGGGGUUGGUUACUUAACUUGAUCGUCUACUUGAUUGAGGAAUUCAAUGUGAAGAGCAUCGCAGCGGCUCAGAUUGCUAACAUUGUUAGUGGUUGUAUCUGUAUGGUUCCAGCUAUGGCAGCCAUUGCUUCUGACUCUUUCUUUGGAACCAUUCCUGUUAUCUCAGUUUCAGCUUUCAUUUCUCUUAUGGGCGUAGCUCUGCUGACUCUAACCGCUUCGCUUGACUCUUUAAGACCUAGAGCCUGUGAAACAGCUUCAAGCCUAUGCCAGUCUCCUUCGAAAACCCAGCUCGGAGUUCUUUACACGGCCAUAACUCUAGCCUCUAUAGGAACGGGUGGGACACGGUUCACAUUAGCAACUGCUGGUGCGAACCAGUAUGAAAAAACUAAAGACCAAGGAAGCUUUUUCAACUGGUUUUUCUUCACUACGUAUCUUGCCGGAGCUAUAAGUGCAACCGCCAUUGUCUACACUGAAGACAACAUCAGCUGGACCUUGGGGUUUGGUCUGUCCGUAGCCGCUAAUCUCUUCAGUUUUUUGGUUUUCAUCUCGGGGAAAAGAUUCUACAAGCACGACAAGCCUUUGGGAAGUCCCUUCACAAGUCUACUAUGCGUCAUUUUCGCCGCGGUACGCAAAAGAAAAGCUGUGGUUUCCACCAACGAAAAAGACUACCACAAUGAAUCUAUCACAAUGCCCACAAAGAGUUUCAGGUUCUUUAACCGUGCAGCGUUGAAACAAGAAGACGAGGUUAAACCAGACGGCUCAAUUCGCAAUCCCUGGAGACUAUGCAGCGUUCAACAAGUAGAAGAUUUCAAAGCAGUCAUAAGAAUCAUCCCUCUUGCGUUAGCUACAAUAUUCUUAAGCACUCCAAUCGCAAUGCAGCUAAGCUUAACAGUUCUUCAAGGUCUGGUGAUGGACCGGAGGCUUGGCCCUAGCUUCAAAAUCCCUGCAGGCUCUCUCCAAGUCAUAACACUUCUCUCCACUUGCCUAUUUAUCAUAGUCAAUGAUCGGUUUCUCUAUCCAUUUUACCAAAAGUUAACGGGAAAGUUCCUUACACCGCUCCAACGAGUCGGUAUAGGCCAUGCUUUCAACAUUCUAAGCAUGGCCGUGACUGCCAUAGUUGAAGCAAAGCGAUUGAAGAUAGUACAGAAGGGUCAUUUUCUCGGAUCAUCAUCCGUUGCUGACAUGUCAGUCUUGUGGCUCUUCCCACCUCUAGUCAUAGUAGGAAUUGGAGAGGCCUUCCAUUUCCCAGGGAAUGUAGCUCUGUGCUAUCAAGAGUUUCCAGAGUCUAUGAGAAGCACCGCAACAUCGAUUACCUCGGUGGUGAUUGGGAUAUGUUUCUACACAAGCACUGCUUUGAUUGAUCUGAUUCAGAGGACCACCGCGUGGUUACCAGAUGACAUAAACCACGGAAGAGUUGACAAUGUUUACUGGGUUUUAGUAAUUGGAGGAGUCUUGAAUCUUGGCUAUUUUCUUGCGUGUUCUUUGGUUUACAGAUACAGAAACCUCAAGGAUGAUGAUCAUGAGCAAUCUGCAAAUGUCUCUCACUGAUAUUUUAAGCUGGAGAGAAAGAGAGAAAGAACAUGUCCUUUGUUGUUAUCAUUUGCAUUACUGUAUAGCAGAGGGCUUUGUCUGAAAGUAUCUUCAAUUUGUGGCCAUUGAAAACAAUUUUUCGUAUGUAGAAUUGAUUUGGAAAUUUGUGGUAAUAUAAUCGUAUUGUUUAUGUGA